UUUAAACCGAGCGAAGGUGGAAGUGGAGCCGAGAGGGAAUCGCGCGCGGACCCGGGGCGAGGGGGGAAGGGAGCGAUGAGGGUGUCCGUCUCCUCCUCCUCCGCCUGAGGCGGUUCGUUUACGGUCUGCGAUGGCGGCGGGAGGCGGCCUCUGAGACGCCGGUAACGGUGACGACCCGAACCCUCGAGCCGAGGCCAUGGAUAUGGACGAGGCGAGUCUGGAGGCGGCCAUCGAGCUGUACAAGGCCCAGGUGCGGCAGGUCGAGAGCGCCCUGGCGGCCGACUCUCAACCCGAGGCCGAGGCCGCGGCCGGGACCGAAGGCCAGGCCGACCUGCUGAGGCUUCGCGACGACCUGCGGCAGCUGAUCCACCUGACCGAGUCCAGCCUCCUGUCGGUCCGCAAGAGCCAGCUGCUGGAGCGGCUGGACCGAGCGGCCACCGCCGGGCCCGAGCCCGAGGCCGAGGCCGAGCCGGGCCCCGCUCGGGAGGCGCGCUUAGACGCCGAGUACACGGCCUUCCAGGCGGCGAUGAGCGAACCGGGCGGUGAGGAGUACCCGAGGGAGAGAGGAGGAGGAGGAGGAGGAGAUGAUAACGCCGCUGAUGAUGAUGAUGAUGAUGAAGAUGGAGAAGAGGCGGAUGAGAGGGGUGACGAGGAGCUGAGCGGCAGCAGAGUGAGCGCCCCGUACCGCACUCCCUGGGGUCAGCUCCAGUAUCACGACGCCAUGAUCGUGGGCCCCGAGAGCUCGGAGCCGCCCGAGCCCACCGUCCGGGUCCUGUGGAUCCACCCGACUCACCGCUCCAUGAGGCCGUGCCCGUGGUACCUGAGCGGCACCUGCCGCUUCCCCGAGAGCUGCAGGUACUCUCAUGGAGAGGUUGUGGCUGUGUCUGAAUUGCGAGAGGGUCAGGAAUUGGAUCUCAGUUCACUUGAGGUGGGGUCAGCCUGUUUGGCUAAGCAUGAAGAUGAAAUUUGGUACCCGGCUAAAAUCCUCGACAUGGACAGUGGCUAUUUUACAGUAAAAUUUGAUUCCUUGCUUCAGAAGGAGUUAGUAGUGGAAGGUGAUGGGAUUAUGCCAGUACCUCGUAGUGAGGAGUCCUCUUCCUCCUCAGAUUCAGAAGAUGAUGGGGAUCAACUUGGUUAUGCAAAAGUUUUCGAUGCCAAUUCUAUGGAGAAAGUAGAAUGGACUCCACCCUGCACCUCCACUUUCGCAGGCUGGGAAACUCAUACCAGGGGCAUGGGUUCCAAACUAAUGGCUAAAAUGGGCUACGAGUUUGGAAAAGGGCUGGGGAAGAAUGCUGAAGGCCGGGUGGAGCCUGUAGAAGCAGUAGUUCUACCACCAGGGAAAUCUCUCGAUCAAUGUGCUGAAAUCCUGCAGAAUAAACGAGAAGGGAAACUGAACCACCUCCAUAAAAAGAAGCACAAAAGGAAAGACCAAGGAGGCUUGCGAGUGGCCAAAGUGCACAAAUCUCGCCAGACUGUGUUUGACUUUUUGAACGAUAAACUUGGAACUAAUGGACAGUCUAGCGGUUCAACACUUCAACCCAUGGGGGAGAAGAAUAGUAAAGAGUGUUACAAGGGCAGCACCACGAUGAAGAAAACUCUAAAUAUCAAAGUUUUUCAGAUAAUGGAAAAUAUUGAGCACACUGAAAAGGACAUUGUUAAAAUUACGGAGGCAUUAUCAAGAAAUGUUGGAAGAGGUAAAGCAUUAACUGCUCACCUGGAAGAGAAGUUAUCCAAUGCUAAGAAGCAACUGUCCUAUUUAAAGUCACAAGAAGCCAGUGCUCAGCACGAACGAAAGAAAGCAGACACACAUAAGAAGAUGACUAAAUUCUAAUUUGUUAUAUUUCCUUGCAAUUGUCCACAUUUCUGAAGCAUACCAAUUUGUGCCGUAUUUGUUUCUAUUUAUAGUAGAACUAUGUUUACAAUUGCUGUAUUUUACACAGUGUUGGGCCUGGUAUUUGUGUUGUCAUUUGAUGUUUAAAUGCUUAUUGUGGAUGUUCUGGAUUUCAGCUGAGAAUGCAAUUUGUUAAAUAUUGUAAGAUGUCAAGAUGUGUUGCCAUUAACUUUUAUAGUGUUUAAAAACUGUGCUUAAUUGUUGUAUAAUUUUUAAAUACCCUACUGCUACAGCCCUGCAGCUUUUCUUCACCAUUUGAAAUAAAUCAACCGGUCUCCAAA